AUUUGCAGUCACGCCCUACUGCAGCAUCCACGAGCCUCAAGUUGUGAGUUUAUAGUUGAUAAGUCUUACCAACAUUUUUCUUCCAGAUGUUGAGACCCUGUAUCCAUAGUUCGGUGCGCAAUGGUACGUAAAUGUUAAUCAGCAACGACAUAAACCAUUGGACAUGAACCCCUGGAUCAAUUAAAGCUUCACGAAAUUACGAGGCCAGGACAUGUAUCUCGCUACCUCCCUUGGAAUCAGUAUUCACAGAAGCGAUGCGUCUGCAUGUUGGUGUUCUCAUCACACGGAUGUCCACGGAACCUGUCACAAUUGUUGGCUACACGUUACAUAAAGGAUUUAUAGUCUAAGCCCCAACCGAUGUAGCACAUCUUGACGAAUCUGCCUGGGUAGACCCGGCCAUCUGGCUUUUGAGUUUUAGGGUGUCGCCACCUUAGGGAAAUAGAGACGAUGGAUAAGACUGGAAAUGUCACCAAGAAACUCGAAUCUCCAUAUCCAGAAAAAAGGGGUUAUUUUUUCCCAGGCGGUCCGUUUCUCGUAUCAAUAGCCCUCACAUCAUCAUGUUUGAAAUGAUAGGAUGAUUGAUUCUGAGUUUGUGCUGAUACAUCUAUUACUUUCACUGAAAUAUGUGGUGGAGUUGGUAUUUGUGCUGGAGGUUCAUUGCAAAUGUAGAGAUCCUACUUAAAGUAUCCAUGAUGAUCUCUAGGUUCGAUAUAAAGUUCGUCGAAUGGAUAAAGACAUAUAGGUCUCCCUCGAACCGGGCCGCAAUUAACAAUAUCGGGUGUGCUAAUACAGUGGCAGCACCGCCUGAUAGAGACAUGAAUGUCAGGUGGAGGAGACUGUGGUAAGAUAUUUCUACAUAUUCUCAAGAGAGAAGAUGGCACAAGGAAUAAUAAAAGGAGAACGCGGGGGGGAGGAGUCUAUCGGAGGAAUCAAUAAAUGGUUAACUAGUAUAGUUUGGCUUUUAGUAUUCGCAUAGAGAUAUGUUAUGAAGCUCAGUAGAAAACAUGCCGAGUUCUAACCUAAGGUGCCAACCUACGGAAAAAUGUUCCAAUACUAGCAGUCUUUCAAAAUACGAGUAAAAGUACAGUAAUAAGG